GAGGAGAAGGCAGAAGAGUGAAGUUUUCAGUAUGUGAACAGCACAGAUUUCCACGCGUAGAGUAAAUCAUUGCACACGUACAUUCACAGUGAUCGAUUCGUAGAAAUGCGCAAUAACGCAUGGAUAACCCUGUCGAGCUGGAAGAUCCCAUUGGAAUGACAGAUCCUGUAUUUUUGAUAAUUUUUUAACGGAUUAUCUGAGAGAGAACACAAGACACUAGUCAUGCUGCAUUUAAUCUGCCUCCUGUGCCUCGUCGACAUCUCUGAUUCAGUUAUGGAUCUCACCAUGACAUCUAACGGGGCCACACCUGCUCACAAUUUUCGGCUAUCCUGCGUCUCUGGAGAGCGUGACACAGACGGCAUUCAACUGAGCAUCAAAAAGGACAACAGCAUUGUCCUUCGUGCAGAUACUCCUAAAUUUAUUGUGCAGAGGCCACAUACUAAAGAAGUGGUGGCUACUGGAUUUACAGGCUUUGACCACAGUGGGAUUUUCAGCUGUCAAUCAAAAAGGGGCUCUGACCAACCUGCCAAUGUUACACUUAUCAACAACUACAGCAAAGGUCACUUUAGACCUGCGAGGGUCACUCUGACAGCCAGUAAAGGAGACACAGUGCUUUUAAUCAUGGAUGUCAUUCAAGCAGAAAGACGAGACAUUGCUUGGAGAUUCAAUGGUAACUACUAUUACAUGACUCCUGUUGCUGAUGUUCAGAACCGCACAGCAGUUCUGGAUCUGGAGAAAGUUGAUGAAAGCAACGCAGGGAUUUACAGUGCCGGCUAUGUUGGGGACAGUGCUCUUUAUAGUGCUUGGAUGCGCCUCAUCGUUCGUGAAUGCCCAAAGAACAAAUGGGGCUCCGACUGUGACAAGGACUGUCCCGAGUGCUUGAAUGGAGGCGUGUGCCAUGACAAAGAUGGAGAUUGUGUUUGCCCUCCAGGGUUUAUGGGAAUGCGCUGUGAGACAGCCUGUCGAGAAGGAAUGUUUGGUCGGAACUGCCAGGAAUCCUGUAUAUCCCCAGUCGGGCAUGGGAAUGGAUGCCAGGGAUUGAGUUUCUGUCUCACUGAUCCUUACGGCUGUUCUUGUGCCAGCGGCUGGCACGGAGACCGCUGUCGUAAACCCUGUCUUGAAGGAAUGUAUGGCGCUGACUGUCUUUUAAGUUGCAACUGCCAGAACAAAGGCAAAUGCAAUCGAUUCAUUGGCUGCCAAUGUCCCAUAGGCUGGAGAGGGCAAUAUUGUGAGAAAUCAGAUAGUGUUCCAGAGAUUUUGGAUAUGGCCAGUUACCUGGAGGGAAAUUUGAACUCCAGCCACAAGAUCACAUGCUCUGCAACAGGCCAUCCGCUGCCUAGCCAUAUGAGUAUCGAGCUACGCAAGCUGGAAAGCACCGUUCUUAAGGCGUCCCACACUAACAUGGACUCCAUAAAAAGUACAGCUCACUUUGAGAUCCCACGGCUGUCUAUAGAGCAUAAUGGUUUGUGGGAAUGUCGAGUCUCCACCAAUGGUGGGCAGGAUUCUUUUAAGUUUUCCUUAACUGUUAAAGAGCCACCCUACCCAACCACAGCUCCUAAACUGCUGUCGAGAAGUAGCAAACAACUGGUUGUAAAGCCAGUGGACACUUACAUGGGUGACGGUCCCAUUAUUUCCACUAAACUGCUUUACAAACCAGUGGAUGCAGAAGACUCCUGGUCCUCCAUCAUAGUGUAUGGCAACGAUCAAAUCACAUUACCGAACCUGAAGCCCUCAACCAGAUACCAUGUCCGUGUACAACUCACUCGUCCAGGAAACGGAGGAGAGGGUCCUUUGGGUCCAGCGGCAAUCAUGGAGACUGACUGUCCAGAGCCCACGGCCAGGCCGGAGAUUGAUUCCAACUCAUUGGAGGGCCGUAAUGCCACCAUCAGGUGGUCCCUGAUUGGCAGGCACCCCAAGGCCACUGGCUUUUUAGUGGAGCUCUACGGACCACACGGAGAGAAGCUGUGGGAGGAAACCACCUUGUUUAAUGUUCUUUCCAUCAAGCUCUACAACCUGGAGUACCACAGGGACUACCAAGUGGUCGUCCGGCUGGUAAACUGCGGCAGCCAUGGGCCCCCUUCAAAGCCACACCAUAUUCACAUCUAUAAGCAGGGUCCUUCUUCCCCUCGGAACGUUCAUGCAGAUGCCCUGUCCAUCAAUGCAGUUAGGGUUCGCUGGCAGCCUCCCGAGGACCCCAAUGGAGGCAUUGUGAAAUACAGCAUUGAGUACCAGCCAGUGGGCCAGGGCAGCUUGCACCCUUGGGUGGACACAGACGAUGGGAACAAAACCACGAAAGUUGUGACCUCCCUCAAUGGGAGCACGUUGUACCAGUUUAGGGUGAGGGCUUUCUCCAAGGCGCCAGGGGAGUGGAGCAAGUUCGUACAGGCCAGGACACGUGAAGACGUUGGAUUCUCCAACUUUAUUCCCACCACUCAACAUGUUGGGCGGCCAAUGACUGAGGAUCAUCAGCUUCUUUGGGCUGUGGUUGGGUCAGUGGGUGUAACCUGUGCGACCAUUCUCCUGGCCCUCCUGGCUCUCUUCUGCAUUCGGAAAUCUGUCCUUAAACGGAGACGGACAUUCACCUAUCAGUCUGGAUCGGGAGAAGAGACUAUCCUACAGUUCAACUCAGGGACUCUCACACUGACCCGACGACCAAAGCCUUCCCCAGAGCCCCUCACCUAUCCCAUAUUGGAGUGGGAGGACAUUAAGUUUGAGGAUGUCAUUGGAGAAGGGAACUUUGGUCAGGUCAUCAAGGCGAUGGUAAAAAAAAACGGUGUAAAAAUGAGUGCUGCGAUUAAAAUGCUCAAGGAGUUCGCCUCAGAGAAUGACCAUCGAGACUUUGCCGGUGAACUAGAAGUGCUGUGUAAAUUGGGACAGCAUCAAAACAUAAUCAAUCUCAUUGGUGCCUGUGAGAACAGAGGUUACCUUUACAUUGCCAUUGAAUAUGCAGCUUAUGGGAAUCUUUUGGACUUCCUAAGGAAGAGUCGUGUCCUAGAGACCGAUCCGGCCUUUGCAAAGGAGCAUGGAACUGCCUCAACACUCACCUCCCAGCAGCUGUUGCAGUUUGCUGCUGAUGUAGCAACUGGCAUGCAUUACCUUAGUGACAAACAGUUCAUCCACAGAGAUUUGGCCGCCAGAAAUGUACUUGUGGGAGAAAGCCUAGUAGCAAAAAUCGCAGAUUUUGGCCUCUCGCGUGGUGAGGAGGUGUAUGUCAAAAAGACCAUGGGAAGACUGCCUGUGCGAUGGAUGGCCAUCGAGUCACUAAACUACAGUGUCUACACUACAAAGAGUGAUGUGUGGUCUUUUGGAGUUCUUCUGUGGGAAAUUGUAAGUUUAGGUGGGACUCCAUACUGUGGGAUGACCUGUGCUGAGCUCUAUGAGAAGCUUCCUCAGGGCUACAGAAUGGAGCAGCCCAGGAACUGUGAUGAUGAAGUGUAUGAACUUAUGAGGCAGUGCUGGCGAGAUAGACCCUAUGAGCGACCACCAUUUUCACAAAUAUCUGUCCAGCUCAAUCGGAUGCAAGAGGCUAGGAAGGCCUAUGUCAACAUGGCUCUCUUUGAGAACUUCACUUAUGCUGGAAUAGAUGCUACAGCCGAAGAGGCCUGACUACCAGCCCCCCCAGACCCAAGAAGGGUGCACAGCCCAAGGGAGGCACAUCACAGUAGGGCUUUGCGUUACUGUCACUCCCCUGUGGCCAGGUUCCAUCGUUCAAAGAGACACUCCACCAAGACCACAUGACUAUAGAGAACAGACUGUGAAAGGACACUCUAAGGAGCUGUGACUCUAGGAUUCAUCUCUCAGGACAUGUUGGCCUUGGAUUGCUCAAGAGGAAGUGGAACCGAUAUAUAGCUACAGAUGUAGCACGCUGGGUCUGUGGGGAUCUGGACCAUGAAUUGAACUCUUUUUCCAUCAUUUUAUUGGGAGGUUGUUGGAAUGGACAUACAUCAAAUGGACAAAAGCACCAGUAUUAUUCAAUGUAGCACUUGAGAAAGCGAUGUAACUCAUUUGUUGACCUUGAGUGAGUUCUGUACAUAAUGUUUAUGUUGUUUAUCAGACCAUAGAAAGCCACUAAAGAUUUAAGCUCUUUUUAUGAUGUUUUUUUACGUAUGACGUAUGUAUAACAUUCUAUAGCCAUCCUAUAACCAUUUAAAGAAUGUUAGAGAAUGUUUAAUUUGAUAAAUAAAGCAUCAUUGUGGUGACAGGACUCA